AAAGCCAGAGAGCUUUUAAAGAGUGUAACACGAGAUCGAUCGUCCUCCUUGCGACUAGUAAUCUUACACUCUCAUCCCCCCCCCCCUCCCUUGGUUCCAGCUAUUCCGGAUCAUUACCGAACUACUGCGUCUUCUAUCGGACGCUGUGAGGCCAGUGGUCAUGGAGGCUUUUCACACAUCGGCAUCUACUGGUAUUAUCAAUGAGGGCCGUAGUUCUACUUUCUGGGACUGGAUCAAAUGGAUGGGCAACGUCUUGCUAAAUCUAGUUAUCUACGUCGCUCCUCCAGUUACCGCGGUAUGUCCAUCACAUAUCGUAUUCAACCCCCACCCCCCAUUCUUACUUGAGCUAUAUUUGUACUUAGGCCCUUGCACCGCAAUGGCUACCAUUGGUUACAGUUGUUAUCGCGAUCGCGAAAGCUUGGAGAGGUUGAGAGGCCGGCUCGAUCCCGAUUUUCGCGCAAGCGCAAGCGCUCGCCGCCGUCACUCCUGGAAUGGCUAAAAGAGGUGAAGAUAAGGCCAGACACUUUGCAUGGGAUGGACUGCGAAAAAAAGACGGGGGGGACGGGGGGAGGGGUUCGGAAGGUGUCA